AUGUCACUCGUUCUUUCUCUUCUGUUAAUUUUUGAAUUCGAAUUUGGGAGAGCAAUAUGCAGCAAUGAAAAUUUUCAUUUGGAUGAAUUCCAAUGGUACUUUCAAUCAGCAAAUGGCUCUUUUCAAGGACCAGCUCGGGUACCUGGAGAUAUCUAUCAAGAUUUAUUCGUUGCAAAUUAUAUUUUUGAACCACUAUUUGGUGAUAAUGAUCAUAUAUUAAGAUGGGUACCACGAAUGAAUUGGAUUUAUUACACUACAUUUAUUAUUCCCAGAAAUUGGAGCAAGAUAAGAGCAGUAUUAUUGAAUGCUGGCGGAUUCGAUACCGUGGCCGAUGUGUUUUUUAAUGAUGCAUUAGUUCUCAGAACACACAAUCAGUUCGUUUCCUAUCUGAUACCUCUAAAACAAUGGAAAAUUGGAAAAAAUUAUUUACGUAUAGAAUUUAAAUCGCCUGUUAAUUAUGCGAAACAGAAAUCUGAGGAGUAUCAGGAACAAUUUGGUCAUACUGUUCCUCCCGUAUGUCCAGUACCUGAAUUCAAAGGUGAAUGCCAUGUUAAUUUCAUCAGGAAAAUCCAAGCAAGCUUCAGUUGGGAUUGGGGACCUUCAUUUCCAACAGUUGGCAUUUGGAAACCAAUAUCUAUCGAAGGAGUGAAAGCAAUAUUUGUAGACAAAGUAUCAGCAGUAGUCUCAUUUAAAAAGCAGCAAUUUAUCAUUUCGUUGAGAAUCACAGUAUGGAGUGCAGUAAAAGUAAAAUAUGCGCAAGUGACAUUAGCAUUACCUGAAAUUUCCGUCACUGAUCACUCUACCACUUCAUUCAAUUCAAUGAGUGAAAAUAUCGUGGAACGAAGAAUAUCAGUGCCUAACAACGUCGUUGAGAGGUGGUGGCCAAAUGGUAGCGGCAAACAAAAACUCUACAAAUUGAUUACUUCAAUAUCUUAUGAAGGACAAAACUUUGAUAAAGAAAUAAGAGUGGGAUUUCGAACAGUUCAGCUCAUUCAAGAUUAUGUAAAUAGUAAAAAACCCACACAAGGAAGACAUUUCUAUUUCAUGGUCAACGAUCAACCUAUAUUCCUUAAAGGCUCAAAUUGGAUUCCAUCUUCAGCAUUCCCUGCCCGCAAUCAUCGUUUCGAAGAGAAAUUUUUACUUGAGUCAGCACGUGAAUCGAAUAUGAAUGUGUUACGUGUAUGGGGUGGUGGUCGUUAUGAGAAUGAUCACUUUUACGAUUUAGCCGAUGAAUUGGGAUUAAUGAUAUGGCAUGACAUGAUGUUUGCAUGUGCGUUAUAUCCAACUGAUAAGCAAUAUUUGGCUACUGUUCGAGAAGAAGUGUAUGCUCAGGUGGAGCGACUUCGACAUCAUCCAUCUAUUUUAGUCUGGGCCGGGAAUAAUGAGAACGAAUUGGGUGUUCGUCAGUGGUUCAUUGCGGAAAAUUACUCUCUUACUGAUUCGAUAUCAGACUAUAUGAAAUUGUAUAAUGAAACGAUACGACCAAUUAUUGCCAAACUGGAUGAUACCAGGCCAUAUCUGUUGUCCAGUCCAACAAAUGGAGUGGAAUCCGAAAAAGAAGGAGGUGUCGCAGAAUAUCCUGCUGAUGAGAAAUAUGGUGAUAUCCACUUCUACAAUGAAUUAGAUGACCUAUGGAAAGAUUCAACUUAUCAGAUUCCACGAUGCUGUUCUGAAUAUGGCGUAGAGUCGUUUCCAAGAAAAGAAACAAUGUUGAAAUGGUUGAAUGAAACAGAUUGGUCCUAUACAAGUGAAGGAAUGAGACGUAGACAGCAUCAUCCUGGUGGAUUCUUGGCUCAACUUUCUAUGAUUUUCUCACAUUUCAAAAUUCCGAAUGAAUGUGGGAAGACAAUAAAUGAAAAUUGUGUUUAUUUGGGAACGUUCAUGGACCGUUUCGUAUACUUAUCUCAGUUCCAUCAAGCGGUCACUUAUCAAGUACAAACUGAGCAUUACCGAAGAUAA